ACCGGCACCGGGACCGCACCCAGAGCCGGAGCGAAGCAGAGCCGCCCCGGCCGAGCCGCUUCCCUUCAGUGAUGGGAGAGGCCUUGCCAGAGCGCCCAGAGGCUGUCCUGCUGCCCAGGAGCUGCUGCCACCCCCGGGGAGCUGCCAGCGGCCAUGCUGAGCUGGCGGGCUGCAAGAUGACCCUCACCAGCACCACACCAGCCACCAGUGUGGCCCAGGCCUUCUUCUGCCUCCUGCUCUGCAUCCCCUGGGGCAGCUCCUGCCCCCCCAGCUGCCAGUGCACGGAGCGGGCUGGGGCGAAGGCUGUCCUCUGCAGCUCCCGGCACCUGGAGGAGAUCCCCAAGGACAUCCCCAGAGAUGUGGUGCUCCUCAAGCUGGAUGCCAACAGCAUAACCAGGAUCCCCAGCAAUGCCUUCAGGCACCUCUCCCACCUGGAGGAAAUCGACCUCUCCAGGAAUGCCAUUGAGAAGAUCGACAGGGCAGCUUUCAAAGGGGUGGCAGCUGGGCUGCGGACCCUUGACCUGUCCAGCAACCGCAUCCGCAGCAUUCCCAAGGAGGCCCUGCUGGCACUCAGUGCCAAGCUCCGGCUGGCCAACAACCCCUGGCACUGCGAGUGUGCCUUGCAGGAGGUGCUGUGGGAGGCACGGCUGGACCUGGACUCCAUCCAGGACAUCACCUGCCACACGGCCCCGCGCGAGGAGUACGUGGGCAAGCCGCUGCUCCAGGUCCUGGAUGCCGGCGUCAACUUCUGCAGCGUGCGCCAGAGGACCAUGGACACGGCCAUGUUCGUCACCAUGUUCGGCUGGUUCGCCAUGGUCAUCGUCUACAUCAUCUGCUACGUCCGGCACAACCGGGAGGACUCCUGCAGGUACGGGGCCUACCUGAGGUCACUGCCGAGCGCCCAGGCCCACGCAGAGACCACCAGCACUGCCCUGUAGCGUGGGGCUGGAGCUCCAGCUUCCACCUUCUUCAAAGGCAGCCGGUGACCACCUGGUGGGCAUCAACGCUUCUUGGCGGGACUCCCCAGUGCUUUCUUCAGACAAAGUGCCACCACUCCCCCCUCCCCAGUGACACUGGACUGAGCGUGAGCAAACUGCCUGGGGGAGGAUGCCAGGGACACCCCAUGUGGGCCUGACCAUGGAGACCAAGUUCCUGGGGACAAAGAUCCCCAGCCAGACCCUACCAGAGCUGGGCUCGCAGGGAAUGCAGCCCCAUGCUUGUUCCUGGCAGGGAGAGAUGAAUUGUAUGGCCAGGAGAUCCCUGGGGUGCAGAGGGUCACUGCAGAGGGGUCACCCCAUCCUGGCCCCAGUGAGGCAUCAGCCUUGCAAGGGCAGGACAUCCUCCCCAAGCCCCCUCCCCACCUCGAGGUGCCUUGGCAGCCUCUGCCUGCCUCCAGCAAUGUGGGGGCAACUCCAAAACCUUUGUUUCCUCAAUAAAGCCCUGCA